GAGAGAAAGUAUAUCAUGCUUAUGGACAUGGAAGAGGAGGAUUUCAAGCAAGCUACGGAACGGCAUGUAAAGUAUUAGAAUCAGUCAAUGAUCACAAAUUCUCGGAAUUUUGUCUUUCAAAAAAACCUUUUGCAAGUUCUUGUUGUUACAGUGACUCAGACUUCGAAACUUUAAUUGUUCGCUUGAUUAGAGGUCAGCAGCAACUUUGUUGA